CUAGCGGCUGGUUGGCACUGCCUCCUCCCCUUCCCAGUACUCUCACCUUAGCUGCGGUUUGGUUAUGGCCAUGUUUCUUCGGGUGGCAACCCAGAGGCUGUCUCCCUGGAGGGGCUACUGCUCCAGGGGGUCACAGGGUGGACUCAGUCAGGACUUUGUGGAAACUCUGAAGGCAGUUGUAGGGAGCCCCCACGUGUCCACUGCUUCUGCCGUCAGAGAGCAUCACGGGCAUGACGAGUCGAUGCAUAGGUGCCAACCUCCCGAUGUUGUGGUGUGGCCUCAGAAUGUGGACCAAGUCAGCCGCCUGGCAACCCUGUGCUACAACCAAGGUGUUCCCAUCAUCCCGUUUGGCACUGGCACCGGUGUUGAGGGGGGAGUCUGUGCUGUACAGGGUGGAGUGUGCAUUAACCUGACCCAUAUGAACCGAAUCACUGAGCUGAAUACAGAAGAUUUCUCCGUGGUGGUGGAGCCUGGUGUCACCCGAAAAGCUCUCAAUACCCACCUGCGUGACAGCGGCCUUUGGUUUCCUGUUGACCCAGGUGCAGAUGCUUCUCUGUGUGGCAUGGCAGCCACUGGGGCCUCAGGCACCAAUGCUGUGCGCUAUGGAACCAUGCGGCACAACGUGAUCAACCUGGACGUGGUGCUGCCUGAUGGCAGGCUGCUUCAUACUGCAGGCCGAGGACGCCAUUACAGGAAGAGCUCGGCUGGCUACAAUCUCACAGGACUCUUCGUGGGCUCAGAGGGGACUCUGGGCAUCAUUACUUCUGCCACCCUGCGCCUGCAUCCUGCUCCUGAGGCCACAGUGGCAGCCACCUGUGCAUUCCCCAGUGUUCAAGCCGCUGUGGACAGCACCGUUCAGAUCCUUCAGUCUGCAGUGCCUGUGGCUCGCAUUGAGUUCCUGGAUGACGUCAUGAUGGACGCCUGCAACCGACACAGCAAACUGAACUGCCCUGUGGCACCCACCCUCUUCUUGGAGUUCCAUGGCUCCCAGCAGGCAUUAGCAGAACAGGUGCAACGCACAGAGGCCAUCACUCAGGAUAACGGGGGCUCUCACUUCUCCUGGGCCAAGGAGGCUGAAAAGCGCAGUGAGCUUUGGGCGGCACGGCACAAUGCUUGGUAUGCAGUCUUGGCCCUGUCUCCUGGACGGAAGGCCUAUUCUACGGAUGUGUGUGUGCCCAUCUCCCGGUUGCCGGAGAUCUUGGUAGAGACCAAGGAGGAGCUUAAGGCCUCAAAACUCACAGGAGCCAUUGUUGGGCACGUGGGUGAUGGCAAUUUUCACUGCAUCAUACUGGUCAACCCUGAUGAUGUGGAAGAGCAGAGCAGGCUCAAGGCCUUUGCAGAAAAUCUGGGCAGGCGUGCCCUGGCACUCCAUGGGACAUGCACGGGAGAGCAUGGCAUCGGGCUGGGCAAGAGACAGCUGCUGCAAGAGGAAGUGGGCACUGUGGGCAUGGCGACUAUGCGGCAGCUCAAAGACACACUGGAUCCCAGAGGUCUCAUGAACCCAGGCAAAGUGCUGUGAGGAACUUGAAACCAUCGGCCUACAAUCCCCAGAAUGCAGAGCCCAUUUGCGACCUUCCCUUCAUGCAGCUGGCUUUACAAGACAGAAUGACUGAUGCUAUCUGUGCCUGCCAGGUGUCUCUGUGUAGCUGACUCUCAAGGUGAAGGUCAAGAGGAUGGACUUACAGGGAACUACUUUCCUUGCCGCCCUUAGCCUUUUGCUCCAGCGGAGUUUCUUCCUGGCUGGCAGAGAUGGUGUGGGUCUCCUCCCAGAGUAAGAUCAGAUCCCUCUGUGGAGGCCUCUCCCGCUAGUGUCCAGCAUCAUCACGGCUCAUCCUCGACACAGGGACAGGAUCACUCCUAUACAUAGGGAAGGAGCCUUCAUUCCACACUGUUAGCCCUUCUCCUUGUCUGCCAGUGCCCAUGAAUGUGAACCCUAUUUGCAGCUGUAUCCUGUACCCUUUGGUCUCUGACCUUGGACUAAUGAGCCAUUUGUCUUGGGCCUGUCCUCUUGGACCGAUAGUAGCCUGGGGAAGUGGCUCAAGUUCAGGCUCUGGAAGAAAGCCUGUCCCAACCCUCCUGCAUUUGCAUACGGAGGCAGAAGACCCACCUGUGCAGGAGGUCACUUAGGACAGCUUCCCCACCAGGUUUAGACUGGAACACUCUCUUCAAGCUGCUGCCACGUAGGCUGUUAGAAAUGGAGGUGAGCUGAUCCUCUAUGUACCACCCGUCUCCAUGGUGUAAUGCACCAUCCACCAACUUUUACCUUCAAAAUCAGCAACACCAGCUUUUACCUUCAAAAUCAGCAUACUGCCUAUUUGGGGGCCUGGUAAUUUUGAGAUUCCCAGAUCAGAGCGCCUGUCUGGAGGUACGUGGGAGUUGUUCCUCAAAAGUCCACAAGGGGGCGCGUGACACCACAAAUCUGAAAAAUAGCAUCUUGUAGUUCCUACCUUCCAGGGUCAGGUGGCCAGUCUCAAGACCUUUUACCCCUGUGGGUCCCAGUCAACUGUAGUACCAUCUCCCCUACUCCUAGAUUUUUGGGUUGGAAAAACAAAACAGGAAGGAGCCACGGACAGGGGAAGUAGCAGCCUCUCAACCCCUCGCUCUAACCACUUUUCUCCCACCAUGCUCCGGGAAGAGGCCGCCACCCUGUUACUUUUUCAGUCCAACUUCAGUAACAAGAACCCCCUUUCUGUGAUGUCCAUCUCAUGGUUCUCUCCCAAACCACUUCAGGAUGUAGAAAUCCAAACAUCAGUUGCUCAAUCACCAGAGAACGAGAAGGCUCUAGUGAAGCUGCCCCAGAAAGAUUGUGUGCCUCUCCCAUAAGCCCUCCCAAAUUGAGUUCCGUUGGGCAGAGCUUCUAGACACACCCUCCAGUAACAAGCAACUAGCAGACACUCAAUAAACAGUCGUUUCCCCACAAUUUCUUUUAUUAAAGAAAAUUCCAAACAUACAGAAAAAUUGAAAGAACAAGUACACUAUUCACUGAAAUAUCAGUCGUUGAAGAUUCAACAAUGGACAUUUUUGCCUUA